UAUUGAAAGGAUUUAUUAAACAAAGAAGACAUAUCAUAGAGAAAAGAAGGAUUGGAGAUCUGAUGAUGAAGAUUUAUAUUGUUAUGUUGAUAUUGCUUGUUGCAAGAGCAUCGUCGUUCAAACCUUAUCGUGGAUGUGGCGUAACGAAAGGUUAUGAAGAUUUUGGUUAUUGUUCUAAGUCAUUGAGGCUGAAUACACCAUUCUUCCCUCCUAUUCCACAAUGCUGUAACAACUUAAAAAUUGACAAGAUGUAUUGUAUAUGUGAUGCUGUCAACCCUCGAUUGGCUGAGCAGAUUGAUGUGAAAAAACUCAGUUUACUGUCUCAGGCAUGUGGUGAUCUAUUAGUUCCUGGCUCUUACUGUGGAGUAUACAAAGUCCCCGGUGGUGCAUGAGAGGAGAAAAUUAAAAGGCUUACUUCUUCUAUUUCUAUAUAUAAUAUAUGGUUAUUUGGCAUUUAUGAUAAAAGCAGACUUAUUUAUCUUAAAUUAUAUGUUUGUGAAAAUAUAAUCGACCAUAUAUAUUUCAUCAACAAAAAGGAGUUUUAUUAAAUGUG